GAGAAAGUGUUUUUUUCCUUUUCUUUUUACUUAAAACUUCCUUAUUAUCAGGAAAAAAGUAGCUCAAAAUUACCCCAAACCUCACUUGCUGUUGUCAUUGUUGUCGAACUAGUUUGUCCACUUGUGAAUCCACCUACAGAGCAGCAGCAGACUGCUCAUUCAUUCAUUCAAGGCCAGCAGAUACUAAAAGCUCCCCCUCUGUAGGAUGAAACCAGACAGUCCUGUGUAUUCUGUGUUGGUACAUCAUGCGUCUUUUUGUGUCUUAUAACUUUAAAACCUUUGACAAGAAGUCCUCCAGAGACUGCACUGUGUGUUGAAAGCCAAUUUUAGCCCGAGUGUUCACAGUCAUGCUCAUUUCUUUCAUCAGUGUGGAGCAGCAGCCAGGAUGAUCCCAGUGGGGGAAUUCAGAAACAUCGGCAUAGAGCAGAACGCAAAGUACCGGGUCCUGAAACCGUGGUGGGAUGUCUUCUCAGAGUACCUGUGUGUUGCUAUGCUCAUGAUUGGAGUCUUUGGGUGCACCUUGCAGCUCACCCAAGACAAGAUCGCCUGCCUGCCCAGCCACUUCACCAGCCCGACGCCUGAAGCCAUCGACUGCAGCCACAUCCGAAACUACAUGGUGAACGAGACGUCACUGCUCACGCUGGUCAAACCUGCAAAGCCCAUCCUCACGGAGGUGUUUGGCCGUAAGAACAAUCUGGACAUCCACCAGUACGUGUUUGUCAACCACUACUGCUAUGAGAGGUUUGUCCACUGGUUCGCUAAGUUCUUCCCGUACCUCGUCGUGAUCCACACCAUGAUCUUCAUGGUAGCAAGCAGCUUCUGGUUCAAGUUCCCCGGGACGUCUUCGAAAAUUGACCUCUUUGUCACCAUCAUUAAUAAGUGCUUUGAUUCACCCUGGACCACGCGGGCCCUGAGUGAGGUCUCCGAGGAAAGAGGAGAGGAGAAACUGGUGAGUUGGAGGAGGAACACCAUGUCAAAGGACACGGAUCGACGGACAGAUGAGGAGGAGACUGUGGGGCUUCUCCGCAGCUCCUCUGUCAAGUCGAACCCAGAAAAGAAAAUUCCGGAGCCUCAGACUGCUGCCUCGGUCUUGGAUAAGAAGGAAGGAGAGCAAGCCAAAGCUCUGUUUGAAAAGGUGAAGAAGUUCAGGACUCAUGUAGAGGAAGCAGACAUCCUGUAUGUCAUGUAUGUGCUACAAACCUCACUGAAAGUCUUUAAGUUUCUUAUAAUCAUCAUCUACACUGCGGUUCUGGUGCACAACAUUGAGGUUGUUGUGCGCUGUUACGUUCCUCCCGAUCUGACUGGUUUUGACAUCUACUGCUGUAAUCACACCAAAGCCCAUCUUUUCUCCAAGCUCGCCUACUGCUAUAUCUGCUUUGUGGGAGUGUACGGACUCCUGUGCAUCUACACACUCUACUGGCAGUUUCACAGACCUCUGAAGGAGUACUCCUUCGAGCAGGUGCGACUGGAGACGGGCAUCAACGACAUACCGGACGUGAAGAACGACUUUGCGUUCCUGCUGCACCUUGUGGACCAGUAUGACAAUCUGUACGCUAGAAGAUUUGCCGUCUUUCUCUCCGAGGUCAGUGAGGGUCAUCUGCAUCAGCUCAAUCUCAACAAUGAGUGGACCGCCAAAAAGCUGCGUGCCCGUCUCACCAAGAACGCCAGGAACAGGUUGGAGCUCCACCUGUUGAUGUUGCAGGGGCUCCCCGACACCGUGUUUGAGAUUCCCGAAAUAGAAGCGCUCAGACUGGAGCAAGUUAAAAAUGUCACCAUUCCAGCCAGUGUGGCGAAGCUGGAAUCUCUUCGGGAGUUGUCGCUGAUUUUCUGUCCUACCAAGCUCCAGCUGCCGGCCCUGAACCACCUCAAGGCAAAUUUAAAAGUCCUGUUUCUAGAUUUUGAGAGCUUAGAAGAGCUGCCUGUGUGGAUGUACACCCUGCACAGCUUGGAGGAGUUACAUCUGAGCGGUCCUUUAACCAACGAGGUGUCCAGAAGUGCCACUCUGGACUCAAUGCGAGACCUCAGAGCUCUGAGAGUCCUCGCUCUCCGCUCCAACCUCACUAAGAUCCCCCCAAGCGUGGUGGAUGUUGCAUUGCAGCUGCAGCGCUUGUGCAUCUACAAUGAAGGAGUCAAGCUCCAAGCUUUUAGCAGCUUGAAGAAGCUGACCAACAUAGUGUCGCUGGAGCUGGUGGGCUGCGGGUUGGAGCGCAUCCCCAGUGCUGUUUUCAGCCUGAACAACCUGCAGGAGUUGGACCUGAAGGACAACAAGCUCACCACCGUUGAGGAGAUCCUGAGCUUACAGCACUGCCGCCGGUUAGUGACGCUGAAAUUGUGGCACAACAAAAUCACCUACAUCCCCGAUCACAUCAGUAAGCUGCACACCCUGGAGACGCUGGAUGUCAGCUGGAACAAGCUGCGAAAGCUUCCCUCUCGGUUGUUUUAUUGCACCAAACUCAGGCACCUGGAUGUCUCCCACAACCAGCUCACCUCUCUUCCUCCUGAGGUGGGCAUCAUGCAGGGCCUCCAGUUCUUCUCCGCUGCUUUCAACUCUCUGGAGACGCUGCCGGAGGAGCUGUUCUCCUGUAAGAGGCUAAAGACGUUGGCUCUCGGGAACAACUGCCUGCCGUAUCUCAGCUCCAGAGUGUCGAGCCUGGCCCAGCUGGUCCGGCUGGAGGUUAAAGGGAACCGCCUGGAGUCUCUGCCUGUGGAGGUAGGGGACUGUCCUCUGCUGAAUAUCAGCGGACUGGUAGCAGAGGACAACCUGCUGGAUCUGCUGCCAUCAGACGUACGCAGCAGGCUGUCGAAUGGCUAAAAUGUGGAGCUAAAGGCUGCCAGUGACUCUUCUUUUCUCCUUGUAGCACGCUGGUCUGACGUGCAUGAAGAAAACCAAGUACAGUAACACUUUAUAAUAACCACCAUUAUUAAAAUGCCAAAUUGAUAGUUAAUGAAACU